AUGCACACAAAUUUGAUUGUAAAUAAAAGAGGCAGUCCUGAUAAUAAACAUGAAAAUGUUAAACAACUUAGGGAAGAAAAAGAAAAAAUUAAGGAAUGGAACGAGAAUCUGACUAAUCUUGUUACAAAUAUUAACCGUGGAACAAAUAGUCCAACAAAUAAAUUGAUCAAUACCGAUAACAAAAAUAAUAGGUAUUAUGAUAACUCUCCAAAAAAAAUACCCUUUAAUGGGCGUAUAAGGGUUGAAAACAAAAAAGCAAAUGAGUACUUCGAUAAGAAAUUUGAUUUUACAAAUCAAAAGAUCAACAAAAAUAAUUCACUUGAAGAGCAGUAUACAUUAGCGCUUAUUGAGAAGCAGAAUAUUGAAGAGUCAUGCAAUGAACUCAAGAAGAGAUACAAUCAACUUGUUCUUAGAUUUGAAGAAGCAAUCGAACAAAAAGAGUCAUUCAGAGAAGGUUUAAAAAACAAGAUUAAUGAAUAUCAAAAACUACAAGAACUUCAUAACGGCACUCAGAGCCUACUUGCUGUGGGAAACAAGGCUCAAGAAGAACUUUAUCAAACUCAAAAACAAUUCCAAAUAAUUCUUGGUAAGCGAAAUCUUGAAUUCUCAAAUGUGAAAGAUGAAUUAGAAACAAAAAAAAUGGAGUUCGAAGAACUUGAAAAAAAAUUUGAAUUGCUUGUAAAAGAAAAUAAAGAAAAAGAUGAAAAUAUUGACAAAAUGAACAAAGAGAAAACUAGUGUUGAAGAGCAAUUAUCUAACUUUGUAAAAAACAACCAAGAUUUGAAAAAAGAAAGAGAUCAAAUGAAAAGGGAGUUAAAAAUUUAUGAGCCUCUAUCACGAUCUAAAGAAAUGGUGGACAAAAUGGCUGCCUAUCUAGAGACGCUGUUAAUAAAAAGAAAUGAAGUUAUCUCAGAGAUUACUGAGGAUUUGUCAAAAAAUACAGGGAAUCUUACAGAGGAAAUUUCGAACAUUCGCAAGGAUAUCGUCGGAAUCGAAAAUAGCAUACAAAAAUUUUCAGGUGUAAUUUCUCACUUUAAAAACAAUAUCAUUGCGAACGAAACACAAAGAAUUCAGGAGUCUGAUAUGCUUGUGAAAAGUUUGAAAACUCAGCUUAAAAACUACAAGGAAAAUAUUAUUAAUCUUAAGAAGCUACUUUUUAAUAGUGUUGGCCGGCCAGGAAAUGCUCUUGAGCCUAGUUUAACUUUCGAAGUUAGAAAUGGCUCAAUUUUACGUAAAUUGCAAGGUAACCAUGGCAAUACAAUAAAGUGUUAUUGCAGGAUUAUUGGAACAAUUUUUGAAUACACGACUUCAAGUAAUGUUGUGAAAACCAUCCCUUUGGAAAAAGUGAUAGGUAUUGACUAUGGAAAUAACUCGAACUCAUUUCGAAGAAUUAAUCAACCUAAAGGCUUCUUUCACGAGCUCUUUAAACGUCAGGCAAAAAGUGAUACAGAGGAAGAUAAAAAAGCUGUAAUCAAUGUGCCUUGGCUUUUUUUUAGCAUUCGAAUUCUUGAUGGUUACGAUACGGUUUGUUCGGAUUUUAUCGCCACUUCACUGGAGUCUGCGAUGUCAUGGAUUGUCACAAUUGGCCGCUAUGCAACAUAUAUACAAAGAUCAAAAGGCUUGUUUACGUAUAAUUUCAUCCAAACAAAACAUGAAUUCUAUAGUGUAUCUUUGAGGAUGAAAACGAUGUACUUGUGCCAACAAAAAGAAUUAAAUAUAUCACAACUAUAUAUUACCGCAAUACACACAACUUGCCUUAAAAAUCCACAGCUUAUUAGAAACCAAACAGCAUGGAAUAAUCUGAAGAAUAUUAUGAGGAGAAUUACUAACCAAAAGUUUUCCAAGUAA